GAUCCGUUCUUGCCAUAAUUUUCAGUCGGUCUUCGGACCUUGGGCCGUCAAGACGUGGUUUUAGUAUUUUUUUGUGUUUUUUUUAAUGGGGAGCUGGUAAAAUACAAUCAUGGGCGCGGCAUCAGACGGCUUCAGCGCCGGCUGGCUGCGCGCGCAGGUGGCCGCGUGCCGCGAGUCGCGCAAGCUCGUGCUCGUCAUUGUGGCUAUAGCCUUACUGCUGGACAACAUGCUGCUGACUACCGUCGUCCCAAUCAUACCGGAGUUCCUCUACGACAUCAGACAUCCCGACGCGCCCCUAUCCAUGUCUCUGGAUACGACCGCAGCCCCCACGCCGUAUUGCCCAUGCCUCAACACCAGCCUCGCCGUCAGCAAUGCCACGCAAGUCAACAUCACAGCCCAGAAAGAAGCCCGCCACCAAGAGUUAGUGCACGAAACAGUCGAAGUUGGAGUCAUGUUUGCAAGCAAAGCCAUCGUUCAGCUACUAACCAACCCCUUCGUAGGACCUCUGACGCACAAAAUCGGCUACAGCAUCCCAAUGUUCACCGGAUUCAUACUUAUGUUCCUGUCUACGCUGAUAUUCGCCUUCGGUCGCUCGUAUAGCGUCCUCUUUAUCGCACGCGCGCUGCAAGGCAUCGGUUCAUCCUGCUCUUCCGUGUCUGGCAUGGGUAUGCUGGCUGAACGGUACCCUGACGACAAGGAACGCGGCAACGCUAUGGGCAUAGCUCUCGGAGGGCUGGCUCUGGGCGUACUGAUUGGACCCCCGUUCGGCGGCCUCAUGUACGAGUUCGUAGGAAAGACUGCUCCCUUCCUCAUGCUGUCCGCUCUGGCAUUGGGAGAUGGAUUGCUGCAACUAAUGAUACUGCAACCUGGUGUAGUACGGCAGGAGAGCGACCCGCCAUCUUUAAAGGAACUGAUCAUGGAUCCGUACAUCAUCGUUGCUGCCGGAGCCAUAACCUUCGCGAACGUGGGCAUUGCGAUGCUGGAACCUAGUCUGCCAAUUUGGAUGGUGGACACCAUGCAAGCCAGCCGCUGGCAGCAGGGAGUGGCGUUCCUGCCGGCUAGCAUCUGCUAUCUCAUUGGGACGAACCUGUUCGGUCCGCUCGGACACAAGAUGGGACGGUGGCUGGCUGCUUGCUCCGGACUCAUCAUCAUCGGCGUCUGUCUUAUACUGAUCCCAAUGGCCCGCAAGCUUGAGCACCUGAUUAUCCCCAACGCCGGCCUCGGCUUCGCCAUCGGCAUGGUGGACUCCAGCAUGAUGCCGGAGCUGGGCUUUUUAGUGGACAUCAGGCACGCCGCGGUCUACGGCUCCGUGUACGCCAUCGGGGACACGGCCUUCUGCUUGGGUUAUGCCGUGGGCCCCGCGUUCUCCGGUACCCUGGUGAACAGCAUCGGCUUCGAGUGGAUGCUCGUCAUCAUCGCGGUGCUCAACUUCGCCUACGCGCCGUGUCUGCUUCUGCUGCGCUCACCUCCAGCGAGAGAUGAGAAGCAGAGCCUGAUAAUAAGCGACAAGUCAUCAGUGCGCUACGUGAGCUACCAGAACGAGGAAGAAGAAUAAACAUCUAUUUUGCCACCAUCUUAACUGCCCGCCGUCUUGAAAAAGUAAAUAAAAUAUUGUCUAUGAUUUUAAACUGAGACCAAAAUGGUUUCAGGUAUGUAGAUUAAAAUUAAAAAUUUUAGUGACUAAAUGUGCCAAAAUGUUUUUGUUUUAAGAGGAAAGGGGUCGGCCGUUUCUCCAUACAAACGAAGUCCCCAUUUUCCUCUCUGGAUAUUGACAUUAUGGAAAAUAUUUUUACAUAUUUUGAUGUAUAUUAACCAUAGCUAUGCCCCUACGUUUGACCUUUUUCGAUUUUUUGAUUAAGGUAAAAAUUAGGAGCGAAAAACAGAUUUCAAUUUUUUUUAACUUAUAUUAAUUAAAAAUUCGAAAAAACCAAACGUAGGGGCAUAGCUGUGGUUGAUAUACAACAAAUUGUGUAAAAAAAAAUUUUCAAUAAUGUUAAUAUCCAGAGAGGAAAAUGAGGACUACAUUUGUAUGAAAAAGCGAUUUCGCACAGGUCCUCCACUUUCGUCUUAAGGGGUUUGCUUAGUAGCUUUAGAGGCGUCUAAGGAGUGUAUUGUUGAUGUAAUAAAAGGUGUGAAUGAGACCAAAUAUAUGGCCUAUUUAUUGCCCAGAGAAGUAGCUAUAUAUUUCUUCGAUCAUAUAUUUCAACUAUUCUAUCUUCGUAGUGUCGACCAAUUUUCUGAUUCAAAUAUGUUUAUCAAUGUACCUAUUGGUAUAUAUAUUAUACGAGUAUCUAUAGCCUUUUAGUCAGGGUGUCUGUAUUAGAAAACUAUAUGCCAAACAUAUCUGUGGGAAAUAUAUUGUAUGUCUACACUAAUAGUAAACAAAGAGAAUAAUUCGUGUAUGUAUAUUGAAUUUAUUAAAAAAGGGUGGACUCACGUAUUUCAGGUCGGAAAUUGCUCGGCAUGUUUCCAAUUUCCAUGUAUUUAUACAUGUCUGCGUCAGUCCGCCAACGAGUGUUCCGUUGAUGUUCCUCGGUAUGGAGCGAAUUUCGACGAUAUGCCGAGCAAUUUCCGACUUAAAAUACGUGUGUGACCCGUUUUAAUAUAUUGAUUAUUAUGUCUGUGUUUCGCGGAAGUCGUGUCUGUAUUUCUAAAUCUUUAAGUCCACAGGUUACUUGGGUAUUCAUUUAUUUAAUAUAUAUUAUGCUAUUUAUGUCACAUAAAGAUAAAUGUAUGGUUUUGCAUGUGUGACUUGGACAAUAUGUUUAUUAUUAUUCUAAAUAUGUAUAAUUACGUGAUUAAACAUUAUCUUUAAUCAUAAAAUAUGACUUUAUGUAUGCGUUUUAUUGGACAAUAAAAUUGAUUGUAACAUAGUAUAUUUUAUUGGAAAUAAAUAUAUGUAUAAACGAACUGUAACCCAUUGCAAUAAAGGUACCUAAGUGUUUUUGCCAUUAAUAGGUAAUGUCUGUACCUACACUACAUUUGUUAGACAUGUUUCCAGUAAAAUAUUACUAUAAUUUUAAAACUAACACGGAACUUAAUCGCGUACAAACUUACGUUUAUUUAUGGCCUGACGUUUCGAACGUGACGUUACGUUCGUGGUCACAGGCAGACUGGCGAGGAAUUGUAUCAACAUUUUGCCGCGCGGGUUUUGCGAACUACCCGCACUUGAUCUUGAUUAUUAACUUGUACGCUAGGGUUGUCACUUUGCCUACACACGUAAUCGUAAUCGUGUUAGUUUAAAUCAGUAUAAAAUAUUAUUAUGACAUAUAUUGACAAUAUUUCUAUAUGCGUAAUGUUUUGUAGACAAUAAUAAUUUUACAUUUACUUUUUGUAAUAAAAUGACAAUAAAGUAUUUAGUUCGGUACACGUGUUAAAUGACGCACUUUUUAUAUUUUCUUUACAAAUAUUUUGAAAAAUAUUUGGGUGACGGACCAAAGACAAGUAGAAUUUAAUUUAAGUGAUAUUUUUUGAGCUUACGUAAGAUAUUUGUAAAUAAAAAUGCAAUAAAAGCUUUCAUUCGAUCACUAUAUCUUAAUUAAAUAUAUUAUCAGCAUUUUCAUCCCCAUAUAUAAUUAAUUAAUUUUUAAAAUUAAUAUAUUAUUAAGUAUAGGUACUGAUUUUCACAUCAUGCGGUUAUAUUUUAUUUAUUAACGAUUAUAGUCAUCAAAUAUGAAUGUAUUUUUUUAUCAAUCAUUCAUGUUAAAACUAUAUUGCAUUUGCAAUCAAUAUAAUAUUUAUAGUUAGUAGUAAUAAAUACAUAGGCAUGUAGUUAGCUGUAGAGCAUUUGUUUAUAAAGCCAGGAUUACACUUGUAAGUUUAACUUACGUAAGUAGGGACAAAGCUAUUUGCUAGAAUGAGAUAACGAUAUUCAUAUCUCAUUCUGUAGUAUAGCUGUGUCCCUACUUACGUAAGUAAAACUUACAAGUGUAAUCCUGGCCUAAGGUAAUUAUUAUGAUAAAUUAUACUAUAGGAAAUUAUAUGAAAUUUCUAAAAAGUUCGCAAAUAAGAUUACGUCAGUAAUUCAUUCAAAAUAAAGUAAAAUACUAUGAGACACAAAUUAAAUUAUUUUAAUGAAAACACAUAUUUUCAGUUUUUAAAGUAAAAUAGUUCAUGUAAUAUAUUUCUCAGUUCUAAAUAGUCUGAAUACAUCGAACCAAACUAUUUACAUAAGUGUAUCUCAGUAGAGUAGAUACUAAAGCUUUAGAAUAUUUAAAAUGUAUGUAUUUAAUUAUAUGUAAUUUAAAAAAAUGGAAUGGAAUCAAUAUUUUUCACAAAUUUAGAAAUAUCCAAGACAUCUAUUAAAUUUUAAGAAGCAGAAACAUCUGCGAACGAUGCUAUUAAUUUAAAAGUGAGGCCGUGAGUUCAAGUCUCGCCGAAGGCAGUAAUUUUUCCACUUUUAAAUUUAUUCUAAACAUAAAAUCUCCUUUUUAUUUCUAUUAAAAAAUACUAAGCAAAUAAAUAAAGUUUAUAUAAUUUUAAAGCAAAACUGCCUGUGUAUGGCUGCUCAGGCAGUUUGAAGGGAAGUGAUCAAAAUAUUAUCCAUUCCAUAAAUUUUUCAUUCCUUAUUUAUUAAUCAAAACUUUAUUGCACAAAAAGAAGUAAAAGUAAAAAAGGCGAACUUAAUGCCUCAGUCUUACAGCUUUCUCUAUCAGUAAACCACUUUUUUUUAAAUUUAUAUUUAGCUAAAUUUUCCAAGGUAUUCCGUAAAUUUUUAUUUGGUUGUUUUCAUUUGCUUAUAAUCCAUUAAUAUUAUUUUAUACCACACAAUACAGAUUAUUUUCAUUUUAUAUUUUUUUUGUUAUAUAAUUAAAAUAUAUCAAAUAUACUUACCUAAUAUCGUCGUCAAACAUGUGUCCUCUAAAAAUUCUAGUAAUUUAUGAAUUAGCGAAAAUAAGCUGGAAAUAUAUAUCACAAACAUAUUUAAUCACGUAAUCUUCCAGUAAUAGAUAUAAUAGUAGGUUGCAUGCACUGUAUAUACAUAUAAUACAUAAAAAUUAAGCUUGUUGUAUAAAAUCAUCUUCAUUCCAUCAUUUUACAUUCUGAAAUAUUAUUUUCAUAUUUAAUGAGAAGCUUCAUAUUUAUGUUACAUUUCAGACUUUUGUUAAGUGUAAUUAAAUUAAGUUCUAUUUAAUUAUGUUUAUCGUAAUAAUGAUAUCAUUCGUAUUUGAUGAUUAUAUUUAUGUAAUCGUAUUUAAUCAACUUGCUUAAAUUAUUACAUAUACGCACAUAAUUCAAAGAUAUCCAGACGUAAGGUUUCUAGGACAAAAACUGUGAUUUCAUAACAAGCCAAUUUCAUUGUGUUUAUGCGCGACACUCGCACAUUUACAACUCUGCGUUAAACGGCUCAAACCCGUCGUGAGCGUGUGUGCCUUGGCUUCGUGCGAAAUCGGUAUAUCAUGAAGUCAUAUUUUAAUUUUAGCGACCUUAACUCUGUAUAUUUGUUAACACUGUGCAUAAACAUCUUAUUAAGCAAUAGCUGGGUUUGGGUCCUCUACUAAUUAUUUACAUUAUGUAAAUCAUAAAUAUACCGUAGACUAUUAUUAAAAAUAAAAAUAAGUUAUAAAUGUUUAAUUGCAUUAAUUUAAUUUGUAUUUAUUACUUUAGAUUACAAUAUAUUGUACAGAUCAUAUACUAUACGACAUAUAUACACUAUCAGUAUUAUAAUACAUAUUUUAAAUAAAUAUUAUAAUUAUAAAUUAGUAAUAAUAACUAAUAUUAGUACAAGAGCCAUGAGCUGAAAAGUGUAUGUUAGUAAUAAACGGAAACCUCUGUAAAAUAUUGCUACUCUAUAUUAAAUAUUUUACGAUUAUAACAUAUUAUAUAUUUUAAUAGGUAGUGAAAUUUUUCGCAUCAUAAUCUUGCUAGAAUAAUAAAAUAUAUGUGAUAGUUUUAGUGAUAUUUUGAAGCUUUUUAAAUUUGAAUAACAUAACUAUGUAGUUGUGAAAUAUGAAAGUAAAUUAUGGCUUUCAUAGUUAUUAUUUAUCGUCCAUUUAUAGAUUAUUUACUAUAAUAUAUGCGUUUGUUAAUAUUUAACAAAAUAUAAAUUGUGAUAAUCUGUUUAUAUUUUCGAGUACCUAUUGUGUUUGUAUUGUAUUUUUUAUUGAUAUAUACAAUGUUCUAAGUUUUGACGAAUAUCUAGUCCUGUCCAGUUGGCCUCUGAUUUUGAGUCGCUUCGAAAACAAUAUUUAACAUGGAUGUACAAGUUUUGUAGUGGUUAUAUAAUGAAUGUCUUGAAUUGUGUUGGGGUGUUAUUUUAAUAAAAUGUGGGUAUAUGAACUA